AUGGGCCAGAGAUGUGUGAACAAUCGAAGCGAGGAUGGUAUUGUCGGACGAAAAAGAAUCAGAGAUGCUCAGUCCGAAGCUGUGUGUUUUGUAUAUUUGAUCAGAUGUGGCCCGUUAAGUGAGGGAUUGGCGGUGAGUCAGUCCUAA